AUGUACUGGUGUGUGGGAACUGAGGAAUCCGCUAUUUGCAGAGAGAGCAACAUGGAGCCACAAAAUGGAACUGUGGACAUGGGUGGCAAACAGUCCACAGUCGGCGAAGUCUCCAUAAUUCAGACACCUGUGACAGAAAGCAUUCAGGAUGCUUACAAAGCUGGAGACACCAGUAAGGCCCAAGAGUUGAUUAAGUUGUCAUGUGAGGAGACUGCACUGCAAGUGGAAAAGUGCCAGCUUUUAGGUAUUGCAGCAGCAUAUGGAGAUCUUCAGGCGGUGAGGUAUUUACUGAAGGAAGCAUUAGUGGUGUUACCAACAGAACCUAAUGAUGACAAUGCAGCUGUGGUGGCUGCAUAUUUUGGACAUAAGGACGUUGUGAAAGAGCUGCUGGAUUCCUUGCAUGGUCCUAGAACUUGCCAACAACUCCUGAACUGGAUGCUGGCCAUAGCCUGCCAGCAGGGACAUUUGGACAUAGUAAAACUCCUAAUUCGUGCAUACAGUGCUGACCCAGAGAACUGUGCAGUCAGGAAGAAUGAGUUUCCAGUUCUUAUACGGUUGCCCCUGUACGCUGCUAUAAAGGCAGGGAAUGAAGAUGUAGCCGUGUUUUUAUUACGGAAUGGAGCUUUCUUCUGUUCUUACAUCCUGAUGGACAGUCCUGAAUCCAGCAAACACCUUCUGAGGAAAUAUUUCAUUGAGACAAGCCCACUACCAGGUAGUGCUCCAGCAAAAACAGCUUUGUGUGUGAACUGGUCAAACCUCAAACUGCCCUGGGUGGAUCUGGACUGGCUGAUUGAUAUCUCCUGUCAGAUAACUGAGCUUGAUCUCUCUGCCAACUGCCUGGUCUCCCUUCCAUCCGUGAUCCCAUGGGGCCUGAUAAACCUCAGGAAGCUCAGCCUGGCUGACAAUCAGCUGACGGAGUUACCCAGCGUACAGUCAUCCGAUGAAAUUAUAUGUACAAGGUUACUCGAGGUCGACGUAUCCAGCAACAGGCUCUCUACUCUCCCUUCUGGAUUCCUACAUCUUAAAAACCUUAAAAAACUCAUUGCUGCUAAAAAUUAUAUGGAGAAGUUAUUUGACGAGGAAAACACAACUAAUUGGAUUGGCUUAAGGAAGCUGCAGGAGUUUGACGUCUCUGACAACAGGUUGGUGGAACUUCCAACGGUUUUUCUAUACUGCUUCAAGUCCCUAAACAUACUGAAUGUUUCCAGAAAUCAGCUGAAAGUGUUUCCAGAUCCCUGGGCCUGCCCCUUGAAAUGUUGUAAAGCAUCUAGAAACUCACUGGAAUACCUACCUGAUGCAUUGACUAUUUUCUGGAAAAAUCACCUCAGAGAAGUGGAUUUUUCUGAGAACUCACUAAAAGAAGUUCCACCGGGACUCUUCCAGCUUGAAGCUUUGGUGUCCCUGAAGCUACUGGGAAAUCAGAUAAUUACAUUGCCUUCACAAGAUAAGUGGAAUUGCAAACAACUUAGAUCACUGGAUCUUUCAAAAAACCAACUUGGGAAGAGUGACGAGGGAUUUAAAACAAAGCGGAUUCCCUUUUUCACCACGAAGAGCAGGGUGCGCUGUGGCCCCGAGGCAGGUCCUUUUUUGGAGUUUCCAGCAUUUCUGAGUGAUUCUCUGGAAGUCCUUUAUCUGAAUGACAAUCAGCUGGACUCUGUCCCACAGUCCGUUUGCCUUCUGAAAGGUUUAACAGAACUUUAUUUAGGAAAUAACCCUGGUAUCCGAGAGCUUCCUCCAGAACUUGGACAGCUGGCUAAUCUCUGGCAGCUGGAUAUCGAGGAACUAAAUAUCAGUAACAUUCCUGCAGAGAUCAGAAAAGAGGGCCCUAAAACAGUGCUGGCAUACUUACGAGCACAGCUGCGCAAAGCAGAAAAGUGUAAGCUAAUGAAGAUGAUCAUCAUCGGUCCUCCACGACAGGGAAAGUCGACGCUGAUUGAGAUCCUACAGACAGGAAAAGUCCCUCAGAUAAUGCACAGCGAUGCCACCAUACGUACAACAAAGUGGGAGCUCCCCAAGCCAGUGGGACACAAGGCAAAGGUUGAUUCAGUGGAGUUCAAUGUCUGGGAUAUUGGAGGCCCAGCAAGCAUGUCUACAGUCAAUCAGUGUUUCUUCACAGACAAAGCAUUGUACAUAGUGGUAUGGAACUUGGCACUGGGGGAAGAAGCUGUGGCAAACUUACAGUUCUGGUUGCUGAACAUUGAGGCCAAAGCUCCAAAUUCAGCGGUGUUAGUGGUUGGAACACACCUUGAUUUAAUUGAAACUAAAUUCCGCGUUGAGAGGAUAGCAACUCUGAGGGCAUAUGUCUUGGCUCUUUGUCGCUCUCCCUCUGGAUCCAGAGCAACCGGCUUCCCAGAUAUCACAUUCAAGCACCUACAUGAGCUCUCAUGUAAGACUCUGGAAGGCCUCGAUGGACUCCGACAGCUGAUUUUUCAUGUCACUUGCAACAUGAAGGAUGUCGGCAGCUCAAUUUGCUCACAGAAACUUGCAGGGAGAUUGAUACCAAGAAGUUACCUUAGCCUUCAAGAAGCUGUCCUUGCAGAACAGUAUAGAAGAAGUCAGAACGAUGAUGUACAGUAUUUAACAGACAGACAAAUAGAACUGAUCAUUGAGCAAACCCCUGGAAAUGAUAUCAAAGACUACGAAGACUUGCAAACUGCGAUUAAUUUUCUCAUAGAAACGGGUACACUACUGCACUUCCCAGACACGAGCCAUGGCCUGAGAAACCUCUAUUUCCUUGACCCCGUCUGGCUCUCAGAGUGUCUACAGAGGAUUUUCAACAUCAAGAGCUCCAAGUCUGUAGCUAAGAAUGGAGUCAUCAGAGCAGAGGAUCUCAGGAUGCUGCUGGUUGGGACGGGCUUCACUGAACAAACCGAAGAGCAGUACUUCCAGUUCUUGGCCAAGUUUGAAAUUGCACUGCCUGUGGCCAAUAACAGCUACCUCCUCCCUCAUCUGCUUCCUACCAAGCCAGCAUUAGAUAUCCACGGGCUCUGCCACCAGACCAUGAACACAGUCCAAAGGGUCUUCAAGAUGAGUUUUGUCCCAGUUGGCUUUUGGCAAAGAUUCAUAGCUCGAAUGUUAAUUAGCCUGGCAGAGAUGGACCUCCAGCUUUUUGAAAACAAGAAUACCAAGACGAGAAACAAAAAGGUGGCCAUCUACAGCUUCACAGGCACCCAAAGGAACCGCUGCAGCACGUUCCGAGUCAAAAGGACUCACACUGUUUACUGGCAGGAAGGUCUGUUCGUUACCUUUGAUGGAGGCUAUCUUAGUGUCGAGUCUUCUGAUGUGAACUGGAAAAGGAAAAAAAGUGGUGGAAUUAAAAUCAUUUGCCAGUCAGAAGUGAGAGACUUUUCAGCAAUGGCGUUCAUCACAGAUCAUGUCAACUCUUUGAUAGAUCAGUGGUUUCCUGCACUCACAGCCACUGAGAGUGAUGGCACAUUGCUGAUGGAGCAGUAUGUGCCCUGCCACAUCUGUGCAGCUUCCAAGCCGGAGGAGGAUGAGUGUGGCGAGAAAGCAGAGGACGCGCAGUACUUUAACAUGGAGGACUGUGUCCUGACUGCCAUUGAACUGGACUACAUCACAUGUCCUAACCACCCUGACAUCCCUGUUUCUCUCCAAGAGCUGGUCCCAGAGCUUUUCAUGACUGAUUUUCCUGCCAGACUGUUCCUGGAAAAUAGCAAACUGGAAUGCAGUGAAAAUGAAAACAACGUUCUUGGCCAGGGUGGAAGUGGGACCGUUAUAUAUCGGGCACGAUACCAAGGAAAACCGGUGGCUGUGAAGAGAUUUCAGAUUAAAAAGUGCAAAGGUUCUCUCACUUCAGCUGCAGAUACCAUGCUGAAACACCUGAGAGCCAUGGACGCCAUGAAGAACUUCUCUGAGUUUCGCCAGGAGGCCAGCAUGCUCCACUCGCUGCAACACCCCUGCAUCGUCUCCCUCAUUGGCAUCAGCAUCCAUCCUCUCUGCUUUGCCCUAGAGCUGGCCCCUCUGGGCAGCCUUACCACUGUAUUGUCUGAAAACUCCAAAGGGUCUUCCUUUGUGCCGCUGGGACACAUGCUGACACACAAAAUAGCGUAUCAGAUUGUAACAGGCCUUGCCUACCUGCAUAAGAAGAACAUCAUCUUCUGCGACCUGAAGUCGGACAAUAUUUUGGUGUGGUCCUUGGACGUCAAAGAGCACAUCAAUAUCAAACUCUCAGACUACGGAAUCUCCCGGCAGUCAUUCCAUGAAGGCGCGCUUGGCGUGGAAGGCACGCCGGGCUACCAAGCUCCUGAGAUCAGGCCUCGCAUAGUCUACGAUGAGAAGGUCGACAUGUUCUCAUAUGGGAUGGUCCUGUAUGAGCUGCUGUCUGGUCAGCGGCCUGCGCUAGGACAACACCAGCUCCAGAUUGCAAAGAAGCUGUCUAAAGGGAUCCGUCCUGUUCUUGGGCAGCCAGAAGAGGUGCAGCUAUGUAGGAUGCAGGCACUCAUGAUGGAGUGUUGGGACACUAAGCCAGAAAAGCGUCCACUGGCCAUUUCUGUGGUAGGACAGAUGAAAGAUCCUACCUUUGCAACAUUUAUGUACCUGCUAUCCUGUGGGAAGCAGUCUUCCUUCUUCUGCUCCCAAAGACAGGAGUACAGUGUGGUGUUUUGGGAUGGGAAGGAAGACACCAGAAACUAUACGGUGGUGAAUCUGGAGAAAGGAGUCAUAGAAGUGCAGAGGAUGAGCUGCCCAGGAAUGAAGCUAUGCUGCCAACUAAAAUUUCAGAAUGCCCUCUGGGCUGCCACCGAGGACCAGAAGAUUUCCGUGUACAGGUUGCAGGGCAUGUGUCCUCUAAAGACUCCGCAGAAGGGUUUAGACACUCCUGCUACUGUGAGCUGCUUUCUAGUAAUGCCUGUUGUCAAAAAGAACUCGUAUGUGGUACUGGCCGGCUUGUCGGAUGGACUUGUAGCAGUGUUUUCAGUGUCCCAGGGCAUCCCAGGGGACAGCUGCUCCUACCUGUGCUCCCACACGGCAAACAGGUCCAAAUUCAACAUUUCUGAUGACGACCCCCGGCAGAACCCGUACCCCGUGAAGGCCAUGGAGAUCACCAACAGCGGAGCGGAGGUCUGGUACAGCAACGGCCCCGGCAUCCUCAUCAUAGACUGCGCCACGAUGGAGGUCAGCAGGAGGCUGGAGCCCUUCAGCCCGCCGUCGGUGAUCACAUCCAUCGCCUGCAACUCCGAGUGUCACGGGGAGGAGGUGGUGUGGUGUCUGGACGAUAAAAGCAACUUCCUGGUGAUGUAUCACGUUACCACCUACCAGCUCUGCGCGCGCUACUUCUGCGGCGACUGCAGCCCUCUCAGAGACAUGUUUACAAUCCAGCAGCCUUCGGCAGCCAUCCCAGCUACAGCACCUAUAAAUCACAAAGCAAUGGAGAGUAACCCGCUGGAGGACAUGAGCAUUACCUAUAGCCCAGAGGUUGGCACCCAGAUACUAAACCACCAGGACUCACUCACAGAUUAUUGCUCUAUGUCUUCCUACUCCUCCUCGCCUCCUAACAGGAUAACCCGGUGCCCCUCCAGCCUACCCAGCUCGCCCAUGAGCUCUUCCAGUGCACCGCUCUCCACAGAUUUUGAGGAGUCUGACAAAUUUCAUGAGCUGAAGCCUUCCCUGGAUCACGAUGCUAUGCCUGCGGGUGACAACACACAGCAUCUCCAAGCUGUCAAGAUUCUUCCAGUAAAAGACCUCAUAUGGAUCCCCAGGAGAGGAGGGGAUAUCAUCGUUAUCGGACUGGAGAAGGAAUCCGGCACCCAGCGGGGCAGAGUGAUCGCUGUGCUGAAGGCUGGGGAACUGGCUCCCUACGGGACACUGGUGGAUGCUGCUCUCACAGCAAAGGACACAGUUGUGUGCUGCUUUGAGAACGAAAACAUGGAGUGGUGCCUGGCUGUCUGGAGAGGCUGGAGCGCCAGAGACUUUGACGUUUUCUACCAGGCCUACGAAGAGCUGGGAAGGCUUGAAACCUGCAUGCGAAAAAGAAGGUAGUGCUUGUGGCGCUGGGAACCAAGG